GUUCACUGUUAAAUGUGCGCCGGCGGUCGAGGCGGUAGAGCUGCAGUCCCCCAGUCCCACGCCACCGGAAGGAUACAGGCCAGCGGAAGCCCAACACAAAAAGCAAAAUGGAGGUGUCAGCAAGUCCAAAUUUGCAGCCAGUGGUGGACAUUCCUGCGUUGUACAAGGAUCCCUGGUACAUGAUCACAGUGCUGGGCCUCUAUCUAUAUUUCGUCACUAAAGCGGGUCCGCAUUUCAUGGAGUGUCGCAAGCCUUACGAGCUCAAGCGCCUGAUCUUGGUUCAUAACAUUAUCCAGGUGGUGUCCUGCAUAUAUGUUAUUAAAGAGGUCCUGUUCAUCACGGACAACACCAUAUACUGCUUUUGGAAGUGCCGCGACAUCGGGACCAGCCCGGACUACGUAAGGCGAUACUACAACUUGGCCUACUUUCUCUUCUGGCUGAAGACUUCUGAGCUGAUUGAAACAGUUAUCUUUGUGCUUCGCAAGAAACAAAACCAGGUGUCCAAGCUGCACCUCUUUCACCACUUUUCCACGCUUACGUUGGUGUAUGUGCUGAUCAACUUGAACGAAAAUGGUUCUGCUGCUUACUUCAGCGUGUUCUUGAAUUCUAUUGUUCACGUUAUUAUGUACUCGUACUACUUUGUGGCGGCAGUUGCGGAUAAGAAGAUUGUGCAGGCCCUAACUCCAGUGAAGAAGUGCAUCACAGUGAUUCAGAUGACGCAGUUCGCCCUCAUCCUCACACAGGUUGUUUGCCAGCUGGUAUUGUGUGGCGUGCCGCCCCUAGUGCUCGUCUACUUCUCCACCGUCAUUGCAGGCAUGUUCUACGGCUUUUACGAUUUCUACAGGAGUGCCUAUAAAGUCUCGAAGCGGCGCAAUAGUGAUACAUCUCAGCCAGACUCAAAAAAAUGAUUCCCUGUCCACAAAUCACGCAAUAAAAGCGUAACAACAAG